UUUUGAAUUUAUUUUUCGAAAAAACUUCAGUUGGGGUGGUUAUUCUGCGUGGGGCUUACGAUUUUUCUCAAUUUUCCACUAGAAAAUUCGUGAAAAGUGUGUUUUUUUGCAUGAUAGCAUGUUCUUUUUAAUCUUUGCGUUGUGUGUGUGUUGAAAUGUGGGUGAAAAGUGUGUGAGAAAGUGGAAAAAUCGGAUGCAUCGUGUACACAAAGCAAAGUAACAGGUGUAAACAAUGUCAUGCAGGAGUUUGGCUGACCGCCUCCGUUUGGAGAAUUAUGAACAAUUUACAAUUUUGGUGCGGAUGCACCUGUCCUUUGAACUGGAUCUCAACACUGAGGAGUUUGAAAAUGAGCCUGAUGAUCGAGGGAUCUUCCGGAAGCUCAAUAGAUUGCACCGGAAGGCUAAGGGAUGUGCUUCAGCCAAGACAGGAAGUCCAACGGAUGGAAUGAAGCAAUCCCUGACGCCAGAAAUUAUGGAACAGAUGCAUAAACUGAUGGAUUUUCUGUGGACGGAGGAGAAUAUUGUGCAGGAAGGUGUCUUCCGACGAACUGGAGCCCUGUCGAGGCAGGCAGAGCUCAAAAAUGCAAUGUGCCUGGGUCAGAAGGUGGAUCUAUCAAAAGCCACAUUCACAGUUCACGAUUGUGCGAGUGUUUUUAAGGCUUUUCUAGCUGAACUUCCGGAACCCCUCCUGACCGAUGCCUACCAUUCAGCUCACUGUCAAUUGGCCCAGUUGGUGGCCAAUGGGACUGAAGGGCUGGAGGGUAGGCUCAUAAAUUCCCUGCAGUUGCUUUUCCUGCUCCUUCCGAAUGAGAACAGGCAUCUCCUGGAGCGACUUUUGGCUCUUCUCCAUCGUACAACUACCUUUGUGGACAGGAACAAAAUGUCAGCAACCAGUUUAGCCACCCUCUUCACUCCCCAUCUCAUCUGUCCCAGGAAACUUCCGCCAGAAACUCUCCACUCUAUGUCCCAGCAGAUGUCUUCAAUUGUGGCCUUCAUGAUCACCAAGGGACCUUCUCUCUUUGACAUUCCCGAGAGGCUAUCCACAGACAUCCAAGCCUACUUUGCUGAGCAAUCCAGGAAGCGCUCCUUGACACCAGGACAAGUCCUGGAUGAAUCUGUAACUUCCGACUCCACUGCAGCCACUGUCUACAGUUUUGUGGACAGAGAAAAAACUGCCCAAGCUCACAAUUCCAACUAUACAACAGACACAGCCCUGGCGCAACUCUAUGCCCACAUCCAGAGCCUCCCAGAGUCCUCCAAAAAGAGAAAGCUCAUCAACAAAUUCAACAAGGAGAACGGACAAGGCACUCCUCUCAUGAUGAACCGCGAGAAGAGUGCAAAGAUGUCUCUGGGAGAUUCCAUCAAGAGGCACAUCUUCCACAGGAGCCUUCUGUCCAGGACGCCAAAGCGCUCGAGGACGCCUCUAAAGAAUAUUUCAGAGACUCCACCUCAUCCCUAUGGACUGGAAAAGAGGCCUAAGACGCGCGUUCUCUUCCACACUCUCCAACUUCCGCCCACGGAACCAGUGACACCACCAGUAGCGCUUCCAGAAGCUCCUCCUUGCAAUGUGAAAGAGGAUAAGAGUGAACGGGAGGAUGAGCCUAGAAGAAGGCAGCUUACGAAAAAGUUCCCUUCAGAGUCAAAUCUCUGGGGAGUUGAGGAACAACGAAGAAAGAGCUUGAGUGGAAGUGUGAGUCUUCCGGAUGUGUCAAGUGAGAGAUGCAUGAGAUUGAGUGGAAAGGUGGUAGAAGUGAGUAGUCUCAAUCAUUCAAAUGAGAGCUCUGAUAGGAGUCUCAUUUCACCAAUCACCAAAUCCACGCGGAGGAUGCCCAAGUACAUGCAGGAAUCAAUAAUGACGCCUAGAUCGAGAAAACCAGUGAUGCUCUUGGGGGCAACUCUCGGGGGUUCGGUGUCUGGGGAGAGGAGUCAACAAUUGGAUGACUGUGACUUCCGAGAGGAGGAUGAAGAUGAGUAUGCGUCGUCGGGUGAGAAGGCGGACGAAAAGGGAGAGACUGGAGAGAGUCUAUCGAGUCCAUUUCGGGAUUAUUUAUUUACCAGGAGUGUCCUGACGGCCAGUCCGGCGGAUUUGUCUUUUUCCAGUCAACCGGAUGACUUUGGAUCAGCCACAGAAAUUCGAGAUCUCAGCGAGUCCGAGAUGAGUGAAAGUCUGCUGUUCUGUUUGGAUGGGAAUCAGCCACAGGGAGUGGAUAUGGCAACGAUAGAUGAUGUAGAAGUGGAAAAUUUAACCAGUGUUGUGGCCAAGAAGAGACGCCUGCAUGCUCCUGGAAGUUUGGAUGAGACUUCCCUCUAAACUUAACAAAAAAAAAGACUUUAAUCUCUUAAAUCAUAUACUUUGGGGAUAAUAAAAAAGAUUUAAUCAUA